AUGUUCAACAGCAGUCUGUCCAUGUCAGAGUUUGUUUUGCACUGUGCAAUUAAGCCUGAACAAAGAAAUAUAACAGCCACUCUGCUCAUAUUGAUCUAUCUGGUGUCCCUAACUGGCAAUCUGCUGGUUAUCCUGAUCAUCAUAAUGAACCAUCAGCUGCACUCGCCAAUGUAUAUCUAUAUCUGCACUCUUGCAAUGAUAGACUUGGCAAAUAGUACAAUCCUAAUUCCAAAAAUGGUAUCUGCUGUUCUUUUUGACUCAUUAGUAGUUGCAUAUGCUGCCUGUUUAGUCCAGAUGUAUCUAAUAUUAAAUUUAGAGCUGAUGGAAUCUCUUCUGUUGACAUCUAUGGCAAUUGACCGAUAUGUUGCUGUCGUUUUUCCAUUAAGAUACCCUUCAGUUGUUACAAGUAAAGCUGUAUGUAUUGGUGUUAUGUUAUUGGCAGUUACUGCUUUCCUAAUUAAUAUAUCGUGUAUGAUGUUUGUCAGUGAGCUUUCUUUCUGUGAGACUAAUAUUCUGCCUUACUGUUUCUGUGAUUAUUCAACAAUGGUUCAUAUUGCUUGUACAGAAGAUCCCAAAUACUUGCUUCUUUUGUCAACUAUAGUUAUCACAACUGGAGUGUUUCCAUUAGCACUAAUUCUGUUUUCUUAUUUUAUAAUUGCUUUGGCUGCACUAAGGACCUCAUCUGUUGAAGGAAAGAAGAAGGUUUUCAGCACCUGCCUUACUCACCUUCUAGUGGUCGGACUGUUUUAUAUACCACUCAUGACAUCGUACAUAUUGCCAGGUGCAGGAGUAAAACUUUCCACCGAAGCAUAUAAUGCAAUGGUCAUUGUUGGAAAUGUAGUUCCUCCCAUGAUGAAUCCUAUAAUCUACAGCUUUAGGAACAAGGAGAUAAAAAGCAGCAUUUACAAGCUUUUCACUGGGAGGAGAACAUCUCCGAAAAUAAAUAAUCACUAA